GGAAAUCAGAGUUUCAGAGUUUCAGAAAACAUCUUCAUAACAUCAACCUUUAUGUUCAGUGGGCAAGAAAAAAACUUGUUUGCUCUUUAAUGCAAAAUUUUUAGGUGAAAUUUUGUAAAAGAACAAAAAAAAAAACAAUUCAUGAAUGUUGGAAGAACAUUCUUUGAUCAGAUGAUCAAUUUGUUUCAGAUGGAGUCCUGAAUGUUUGGUGUGAACCAGACCAGGACGACCAGUGGAUGCACAGUCCUGGCAGUGAAGAACAUAGAUGUUGGCGAGAUGAUAUUAAUCAAUGAAUGUCUGGAUAAACCAAAAUACUGGCUGAUUAGAAGAUUCCCAGCCUGCAGGAGGUUUAAGAAGAGGAAUAUUCCAGCAGGAGAACCGGUCAAAGAACAACAUCACAGAAGAACAAAGACCUGGACAAAGAUGUUCUCACUUCUGUUGUCUCCUGUAACUUGAAUCCACAAACUGUCUGGACACGUUUUUACUACUUUUUCCUAUGCCUUGUUCAUAUGCGGCCUGACUUGAAUCCGAUAGAACAACUUUGGGGUAUUUUCAAGAGAAAGGUCGAGCAACACAACCCCAACAGCAAAGAGCAGCUGAAAAGAAUUCCAGAACCUCAUAGAAACUGAUGGAAUCUUCCAUGAAAAGCCCCUCUGAGACUCGAUGGCCUGUUUCUUUCUUUCAUUCUUUCAGACCAUGCCGACCUUUCUUCUUCACGUCCUCUUGGCGUUGGCAUACCUCACCGUCGUCACGGCGAUGGAAGAGAUUAUUUCUCCGACUACCUGGAUGGAGCCGAAUUCCACGCUUCCUCUCCCCGGACCCUACCCGCCCACCAACCUCCUUGACUGUGAGGGGCUGAAGGAGUCCGGCAUGCCCCCUGAAGAGAUGCCCUGGUACUGCCUCUGCACACACUGCCAGAACAACAAGGGGCCCAAAGGGGACCGUGGGGACCGAGGCCUGCCAGGUGCCCCUGGUAGUCCUGGAAGAAGAGGAAUGACGGGGUUCCGAGGUCCUCCAGGUUUCAUGGGAAGACCAGGACCUAAAGGACAGAAAGGAGACGAAGGGGAGAAGGGGGGCAUUGGGAUUCAGGGACCACCGGGAGUAAAAGGAGACCGAGGCUUCAAAGGUGAAAAGGGUAUGCAGGGUUUUGAGGGUCAUCAGGGGGACCCAGGUCCUAAAGGAGAUGAUGGCGUCUGUCCAACUGACUGUAAGGGCAUCAUGGGUCCACCAGGAGAACCCGGUCUGCCUGGUCCUGUAGCAGGUAGAGGUCUCAAAGGUGCCAAAGGGAUGGAGGGUGACAAAGGUAUGAAGGGAGACAUGGGUGAUACGGGUCCGCCUGGUACACCUGGAUCAAUGGGUCUGAAAGGAGACUUGGGCCCCAAGGGUGACUGUAACUGUACAGAUGGAGCAGAUGGACAGAAAGGGGACAAAGGGGACAAAGGAACCAAGGGAGUCCAGGGAGGGAUGGGCCCUGUAGGGCAAACAGGCCAAAAAGGUCAGAAGGGAAACAUGGGGGAUAUGGGGAUGAUGGGUCCUCCUGGUCCCUGCAUGCCCGGUAUCCAGUCUGCGUUUUCUGUAGCGCUGACGUCCAACUUCCCCCCACCUGACACCCCCGUGGUUUUCUCCUAUGUUCACUACAACUACCAGCGGCAUUAUAACGAAAUGACCGGUAUCUACACCGCCCCCAUCAACGGCACCUACGUCUUCAGCUACCACCUCACCAUUUACGACCGAAUCCUGAAAGUCGGCAUCUUUCAUAACUAUUAUCCGGUGGUGAAAACUACAGGGACAUCCAUGUUAGGGACUGUAUCGCAUACUGUCAUCCUUCACCUGGCCAGAGGUGACAUGGUGUGGCUCCAGGUGAAAGAUUUGCUCACUAACGGCAUGUACGCUGGCUACGAGGCCAGCAGCACCUUCUCUGGCUACUUGCUCCACCCUGAUCAGUGUGAUAUGGCCUUACUCAGAGGGCCGAUGCCCACAGUGCCCGACAUGGGAUACAACUGGCGUGACAAAGGGACCACAACUCCUUCACCUACCACCACAGCAUCCAAUUAGAUUCAGUGACGAAUAAAUUGGUUGCCUUUAGAAGGAGCCAGAUAAGUUAUUUUACACCAAUAUAACAAGAUGAUUUAAAAAAAAAACAAAACAAAAAACAGUGCAAACAUUAGAUAAAACCACCAAGCAUCCUAAGCCCUUCAUGAAAAAAAGACAUAGCAAAGACUAUCAAGACUAAACAACAACAUGAGAAUUACAUUUUUUUAAAAAUGUAAUCAGUUUCAAUCAACUUCUAAUGAAACUAUAUUCAACCAACAGAUUGAGUUAAGGGAACUAGCUUUUCCUCUGAAUUUAAAAGUAUCACCUAAGGAAGUUCAAAUUCUUUUGCCCCUGAUCUGAUCUGUGUCAUUUAUUGUUUAGUAUCUGCUGAAAACAUUUUCCUGGACAAUUUACUCCUAAAGUAUUAUAGAUUAGCUGCAGUAUCACUAGGUGGAGCCACUUUCUAUUUAAUACUCCAGCAACCAGAGGAAGCAUCACUCAGACUUUGCUGUUGAUAAGCAGAAAGCAUUGUGUGGGUUUAGCUACAAACCGGGCACCAUGACAAAGUCUUCUGUGAUGCUUAAUGAGGUCCGGUCAACACUUCAGCUCAGGACCAAUGUCCAGUGUGAUUAAUUUGUACUAUAAAUGAAUCAUUAAUUGAUUAAAAUGCUUCUUGAAAUAGGAAAACUGCUCAAAUUUAUGACACAUGUACGAUUGCCAACAUAAAGAAUCGGGUUUAUGCUUGGGCUGAUAAUGAACAGUUUCUUCAGCCCCUACUUUAGGCUUGGAUGUGGGAUCUUAUGUGACGUGUUCACAGGAGUUUUUUUCAACAUGAAGAGUUUUGCUACUUCCCAAUUUUAGACGCUUAAAGGGUAAGUGAAUUGGCCCCUCCUACAACAAACAUUGGACUGCACCUAAUUGGACAAAUGCUUCACUUGUGGGACCAACAUGGCGGCUUUGAAAUGCCAAAAUGAAUUCCUGCAAACAUUUGAGGCGAAAAAUAAGCUGUACAAUUGUUGAAUCCAUCUCAUUUCACAUCAAAAACAGUUUAAAAGUGUUUGGGGAGUUUCCAGAGGUGCUGAGUGCCAACUGGAUGUGCCGACUGUCAAAACACAACACUGCUAACAUUCAUUGCAUGGCUGCACUUUGACAAUGAAUGGGAAAUGUUGAAACAAUGGACCAUGUGGACAUGUACCAUGAGGUAGUUUUAACCGUCUGAAAAUGUCCAAGCUCGCCCAGAUAGUUGACGGGACCUGAAAUCCUAAGGUCAAGGUGAAGAAAAUUUUUACUUUAAAAGUUAGUUUCAAAUCACAUAAGUUUAAGUUUAAAUGACACACAAUGUUAAUUUGAUGCAUUGUAUGUUUAGUUUUUUUUUAUCUUGCAGUCAUGCAAAGUAGGAAUAGGUCCCCUUCAAUUAGUUUUUAGAGAGUUCACAAAACCAAGAAAAGUUCCUUUUCCUAAAAGCAACAGAAUGUUCUUUCACGUGGAACCACAGAACCCUGGCAACCCUAAAGUGGUGUUAGAGGGUGUUUUCAGAUCCGUGUUUCGUCUGGUCUACAGUUCAUUUAGAGCAGCUGGUCUCGGUUCAGCCCAAAGAAGGUGAUCCAACCUCAACUCCAUCGGACUACAAAGAUGCUCCUAAUGAGUUGUGGGCUUUGAAUUGUGGGUUGUGGACGAGUACAAUCAAAGAGCCAAACAAAGUAUGAAGCCUUUUUCAUAUUUGGGUUUAUAGCAGAUUGUUCAGGACGUCUUUCCACUGCAGGAACUCAGACCGAGGUGAUGUUUACGGUGUAGAAUCCAACAUCUUCGACUGUGAUGUGAACUCUAAGAGCACAAAAAACAAAUAGAGAGACAAAACACACUAGACCAGAGGAAGGGUCACUCAGACUUCGCUGUUGGCAGCCAGAGGGCAUUGUGGGGGUUUAGCUCCUAACCGGGCAUUAUGACAAAGUCUUCUGUGAUGCUUAAUGAGCUCUGGUUGGUGGUAAACCAUAUAGCUCCAGUUCUAGAGAUUUGUGAAGUUCACCUAUAGGUGUGUUUUACAUUGAUGUUAGGAAAGACAAGUUGUAUUUUACUGCAUUUUCACAGUGUUAAAACUGUAAUUUAGUCAAUAAGUUAAUUACAUUUCUAAUUUCCUAAUUGGUCUUUUGUAAAGAAGAAAAAAGUUGGGAACAUUUAUUUAAAGGCAACAAUAUUUGACAAAUUGCAGUCUAUCAAAUUAAAAAUAUGUUGAAUUUAUCUAAAAAAUGUUCCAAAAAUGUCAAAAUGGCCCAUCUCAGGGCAUCAGUAUGAAUUUAAUAUUAUGACUCUAAAUAGGGUUGUUUGUUUAGUUAAGUUCACAUUUUCAGUUUUUACAGUAAAUAUCUUGAUUUGGCUCCAAGAAAAUGGCAUCAGACUUUAGAGUUUUCACAGUAUUUUAUCUGUUUAGUGAUAAAAGUUUAACCAAAGUCAAGAUCUGCACAGCGGUUCAUCAGGGCUGCUUUAGAACUACGAACACUGGAGUUGGUAGGUUUUCCUCCCUGAAUGAGUUUCUACAGGGACGGUUUGGGGUCGGAACAUCUAGAACAGUUCGGCUAAGUUCCUGCAGUAGAAAAUGUCCUUUUGAGGGGACAGAACUCUGAGUAAAGAUCCACCGAUCCAGACCAGAGCAAUCGAUCUGCAGGUCUGAAGACGCCCUCAGCUGUUUGAGAUUUGCUGUUUUGUGCGACAGGCUUAGUAAAAGCUCAGACACACAAAGCUGCGUCAUUCGACACCCUGUGAAGUCAAAGUGUUUGUGCCUGAAGCUGGUUCUGUUUGGAGGCUUUGCUCUGCUCAACUUUAAUCCCACUUUGAUGAUGUGAAACAGAAACCGUCACGUCUGAGUGUCGCCGUUCAAACAUGCCUCCAUCCCUCUUUAACAGGUGAAACUGAAGAAACACGUUUAAAGACACACAAGUAAAACCCAUGAACCUUUCUGACUGGACAGUUAGACAACAAGCAGAUACAAACAACUUGGACAUAAUUCAAACUGGCCACAAAGACUCAUAAAAUGACCACAAAGAAACGGCAAACAAUCAGAAAGUGACCAAAAAAGAUGCAAAAUGACCACAAAUGGACAAAAAACGACCACAACGUUUUUUCAAAAUAACUGAAAAAACACUGAAAGAACUCAAUGGGACACAAACUGCCAAUGAAAAGGCACAAAACGACCACAAAGAGACUAAAAACAUUGACAAAGAUAUGCAAAAUGACCACAAGGAGAUGCCAAACGAUCAGAAAGUGACCAAAAAGGAUGCAAAAUGACUCAAAAGACAAUCAAAGAACUCAGUGGGACACAAAAUGACCACAAAGAGAUGCAAAAUGACGCAAAGACACCAAAAAUGACCACAAACAGACAUAAAAUGACUAGAAAAAGUCAUGAAACAACCACAAAGAGACUAAAAACACUAACAAAGAGACAUUAAUUGACCAUUGAGACACAAGAUGACUCAAAGACAAACAAAAAAACAACCACAAAGAGACACAAAACAACCACAAAAACAACUGAAUUAAGCACAAAAUGACCACAAACAGACUAAAAACAACCACAAAGAGACACAAAACGACUCAAAAGACACUCAAAGAACUCAAUGGGACACAAAAUGACCACAAAGAGAUGCAAAAUGUCUCAAAGACACCAAAAAUGACCACAAAGAGACAUAAAAUGACCAUAAAAAGUCACAAAACGACCACAAAGAGAUUUAAAAAAAAAAAAACAAACCCAAAGACAAACAAAUUGACCACAGAGAUGCAAAAUAACUCAAAGACAAAAAAACAACAACCAUAAAGAGACCAAAAAAACAAGUAAACACAAAAAACAACUGAAUUUGACACAAAAUGAACCCAAAGAGACAGAAGCGACUAAAACGACCACUAAUGGACAGAAUGAAACGAUGACGGAGUCCUUUAGUGUUGAACUCUGGAAGUUUCUGAGUCAUGUUUUUAGUUGUUUUUCGUGUUGUGUAGCGACUCUCAGACGUGUUGGUUUCUGCUGUUGUCAUGAUGAUUGUAAAGGUUGUGUGAAGUUACAUUAAGCUGCUGAAUGUCCCUCUAAUGACGUCUGAUCGUGUAGCUGCUCAUUAAACUCUCUUCAACGGAA